UGUGGAGCGCGCACACACACACACACACACACUAUGGCGCUUCCGCGGCCUCUGUUGCUGGAGCUGCUGCUGUACGGCAGCUGUUUUAUUUGCGGGAUUGUCACGGCCGCCUCCGUUAGCAUCUCACAGGGCAGUUUUGAUGGGAAGUGUAUGCUGUACGGUUCAGUGCGUCUGAACUCCUCAUCCAUCGGUGUGCUUUCAUCCAGUUCUCCCUCUCUUUGUUACUUUGUGUCAGCCAUCUCGGUGUGUGUGGCCGUCUUCUGCUUUUCACUCACUCUCUACUGGAUCUACAUGGCCUGUGUUGACGGAGAGGUGAAAAGAGAGAAAUUAUGGAUGAAUAUUACUCUUGGCUUGUCUGGAGUCUUCCUCUUCUUCCUCUUGGUAACGGGAUGCAUCCUGAAAAUUGGCCGAGACACACUGUGUGACUCUGUGGUUAAAACAGUGAGCAAUAUAACCAGGUGUGAAGAAGCACAAAAUAAGCCUUGGAUAAGUCCUAUAAAUGGGAGUCAGUUCUACUCCAGACUACACAGUGCAGAGAUAGCAGUAUGGGUGAAUUUCUUCUUCUGGUUGACCAUAGCAAUCCUGGUCCUGCUCCAGCGUAACAAAGGGUCAGAAAUCCGGUCCAGCGGAGAGGACCCAUCAGUGACCCCUUCUGAAACAGAGCCCUUCUUCAACCGCCCAGGACGUUCUUAAUGAACAGAGACGCAACUAAUCUAUGUCGCUCCACACUAAAGCAGUCUACGUGCCGCUUAAAUGCACUCACUCACACAUACAUAUGCUCGCAUUGACAGUUGCACUGCUGGCUAGCAGUUGGCUAGCUGAGCCGAGAGGAUUUUGGCAGCACCAGUAUACGGUCUUGAUUUUGUUCACUAGCUUUGCCAAGGGUUAGUUGCCAUGGUUACUGAUCUGUGGCUGGCAGCACAGACCUGGCAGGUGAUAGUGUGCGGUUGCCAGAUUGGUGGUGUGACCUGAACUGAUUGAGACACAGCUUCAUGUAAAGAGAUCAACUCUGACAACGUCUUUGGUGUUUUCAUAAGUGACAAAACGAUUUCAGAAAAUAAACUUGUGGAGUUCAUAGACAAAUCUUUAAGAAAAGGCUUUAUAUUUCAGCACUUAUUGCUAAAACAUUUGAUGAGUGCAUAUAUCAGCUCAAAGGCUUUUGUAGAAUAUCAACCAUUAAAUCAAACCUAACUGACGUCAAAACGAGUUAACCACUGUACUGUAACUUUUAACUUAUCUCAAGCAAAGCUUGCUCUUUAUCAAUGUACAACAUUUUCGCCCUCUGCUGUCUGUUUAUAUGAAUUACUCCAAUAAAUCCCAUUAGACGGUGCUCGCGUGCCUAUUUUGUAGGCCAGGAAUCUCCCACAAGUGUUUUUUUCUCCCUAAUUUCACAUUUCUCCUACUCAUAGUCCUUGGCGUCCUUAACAUAGGCAAAACUACUUGAGAGUGUCUUUCCGAGAGUGUUUGGCUAUUAAUCUUAUGCCCAGUAGAGAUGUCAUUUUUUAAUGGCUUUUUCCUGCACACAGCCACGGGAGGUAGGAGUGUGUGUGUGUUUAGGAUGACAGGGACAUAAAUCCAUAAUUUGGCCUGUGAUGGUAUCCGCUUUCCACAGGCGAAGUGCCAAAUCCGAGGUGCUGUCCACAGCACUAAAGUCCUCAGAAACACAGUGUCCUUCCUCCCAUCCUGGCAACACAGUGUCCAUGUCCAGUGUCCACUAAAUGCUACAUCAUCGAAUCAUUUUUCCUCCUCUUUUUUUGCAACUUUUUGUACAUUUUCAUUUAACUUACUACUGUUGUUUUAGAACUGCUGGUUAUGAAUUACGCACUGACGUUUUUUAUUAAUAUUAAAUCUGUUGUAUUACGCACUAUUUCAGAGUCUAUGGCUGUGCGAACAUUUCAAAACAAUUAAAUUUGUCAACCUUAUGAGACCAAGUGCUUAUGGUCUCAUAAUAUGGUUUGUAUGUUAAAGGUGCAUGAAACGAAAAUGUCUUUUUCAGUUAAUUCUCAUAUUGUAUUUUCAGAAAUAUUUGUUUUUCAGAAAGAAUUUGUUACUACAGAAACACAGUAAUAAAAAUUUACUUAGAAGGGUUAUAUUGACCUAUUAAGAGUUUGCUUAUAUCUGCUGUACACUGUAAAUAUAUUUGCUAUUUUAUAAUUUUUUUUAGAUUUGAAUGUAUUUUAAAAAUGUAAUUUAUUUCUUUGAUCAAAGCUACAUUUUCAGCAUCAUUUCUCCAGUCUUCAGUGUCACAUGAUCCUUAAAGAAUCAUUCUAAUAUACUGAUUUGCUGUUCAACAAACUAUUUUUUAGAAUGAUUUCUGAAGGAUCACAAGACUGGAGUAAUCAUGCUGAAAAUGCAGCUUUUAAAUCACAGGAAUAAAUGGCAUUUUAAAAUAUAUUCAAAUAGAAAUAAGUCAUUUUAAAUAGUAAAACUAUUUCAGAAUUGACUGUGUUUGCCGUACUUUGGAUCAAAUAAAUGCAGGCUUAGUGAGCAGAAAGACUUCUUUAAAUAAACAU